AUGCCGCCACCGCCGACAGGAUUCAACGUGUCACAUCAACGACAAGUCAUGGGCGGCGCUGGAUCGUCUGGCUCGCAGUCGCCGCCACUAGGAGGCGGAUGGCCGGGCGCGAUGUCUGUCGGCAGUGGAUGGAUGGGCGUGUCGCCCGUAGAAGCACUCGUUCAUCGUUCAUGCGAUCCAUCUCUCUCUGAACCUCCGUAUCAGAUCCACGUCGAGCUCGCGGAGCUCAUCAACAAGAAAAAGGCAAACACUCCAAGAGAAGCUACAAUGGCUGCCGUUCGCAUGGUCAACAAUCGAAAUCCACACGUCUCUCUCCUCGCACUCGCGCUCAUCGACUCGCUCGUCCAGUCUUGUGGAUAUCCAAUCCAUCUCCAAGUCUCCACAAAGGAAUUCCUCAACGAGCUCGUCCGGCGCUUCCCAGAGCGUCCACCACCGUUUCCUGGUCCAGUCAUGCAGCGCAUCUUGGAACUCAUCCAUUCGUGGAAGGAGGGCAUUUGUGCCACCAGUAGAUGGAAGGAUGAUCUCACAAACAUUCGAGAAAUGCAUCGUCUGCUUCAGUACAAGGGAUACCGAUUUAGAGACUUACCGCGAUCGAAUAAUGUCACAAAUGUCGAAAACCUCAAAUCUCCCGAGGAGCUGGAGAAUGAAGAUCGAGAAGCGCAGUCUGCAAAACUGCAAGAGCUAUUACGACGAGGGACGCCAAAAGAUCUCGCCGCAGCACAAGAGCUGAUGAAGAUUCUGGCCGGAGCCGAGCCAGAAGCCAAACCAGACUACAAGGCGCAGACGCUAAAAGAGCUGAACAAAGUCGAGGCCAAAGUCAUUCUGCUCAACGAAAUGCUGGACAAUGUCGACAAGGUGCGCGGAGAGACGUUUGUUCAGGGUGAUGUGUACGACCAAGUAGCCACGUCGAUAUCCGCCGCGACUCCAAAGAUUCAAGGUUGGAUAUCCGACGCAGAGGCACAUGAUCCGGAUUCAUUAUCUGCCUUUUUGCAAAUCAACGACCAGAUCAACAAUGUCAUUCAGCGUUACGAAGCAUUUAAACGUGGAGACUAUGAGGCGGGUGCGAACCCAGUUCCUCCGGAACUAGCCGGCGCACCUGCACAACCUUCAUCUCUCAUAGACUUGUUGGGUGAUGAGACCGAGGCACCAGCUACGGUUGCAACUGGACCUGGAGGUGCUGGAGACGACCUAGCGGGUCUAUUUGGUCCAUCGAGUCAAACGGCACCGGCAGUCCCGAAUAACCCAAAUCCAAAUGCAAGCGGUGCAUCUCGACCGUCCAAUGCGGACAUUAUGAGCAUGUUCAACGCAGCGCCGCCGCCGCAGGCUCAGCCAGCAUUCGGAGGUGGAAUGGCACAUCCGCGUCCUGCGAUGGGAUAUAACCCUUCAUCGUUUGGCAUGCAACCCAAUGCCAAUAUGAUGGGGAUGGGGAUGAAUGCGUACCAACAACAACAACAAGCACCGCAGUCGCUUUUCCAAUCGUCUCCCCCUCAACAACAGCAACAAGGAUACCAGACGCCCAUGGGAGGUGCUAUUAUGCUCCCUGGUACACCGCAGUCUCAGCUCCGUGGAAAUACAGGAGCGAGUGGAUCAAGGAGCGGGACGCCUUCGUUGCAGCAGCUGGCAGGUACAGCGGGGACCCAGCCUAAUACGCUAGGAAGAACGGCGCCUCUGACUGCGACUACUUCAGCGCCUGCGCCUGCGCCUGCACAAGCGACGACGGCGCAAGGCCAGCAAAAGGAUCCGUUUGCGGAUCUCGCUGGUUUGUUCUAG